UUUUUGUUUAAAAUGCAUUGCUUUUAGCAAAUAAAUUUAUUUAAUUUAAAUAAACGUUUUUAGAAUCAUCAUCACAAUGAUUUUUCAAAUAAUCAUAGCAAUUAUAGUUUUGUCCAUUUCAUUUGGUUAUCUGUUUUAUCAAUGGAAAAAGCGACAAUGCAUUUCGAGCAUAACGAGCCGCGGCAUUCGACAUCAAAAACUACCAUCAUUUUUCAGUGUAUUGUUGUCAAAAAAACGCUUGGAACUGGAAUCUUUUGAAAAUAUAAAACGUGUGGGAAAAGUCUAUGGAUUUGAAAUGUUUGGUGGAGUUAACAUAGCUGUUGCCGAGCCAGAAUUAAUUCAAGUUGUAUUAAGUAAAGAAUUUACCAACUUCCCAAAUCGUCGAAAAUUCAACAUUGAUGAUGAUAUUUUUGCAAAUGUUUUAUCAGCCGUCGAUUUAGAUCAAUGGAAACGUUUGCGAGCAAUCGUAGCCCCAACAUUUGCUACAGGCAAACUACGCCGUAUGAAAUUUCGAAUGGAUUCAAUUUGUCGAACCUUAAUCCGUAAUAUUGAUUCUGAAUUGAAAAAAUCCGGUGAUCAGGAUUGUAUCUUAAAUAUUAAACAAUUUGCUGGAGCUUUCACUAUGGAUACAAUUCUACAGGUUGCAUUUGGUUGUCAAAUUGAUUCGUUAAUAGAACCUAAUAAUAUUAUCAUUAAGAACGUUAAAAAAUUAUUCAAUACUGAUAUGUCUCUAAAAAACAUAGUAAUGUUCCUUAUCAUGUUUUCUAUGCCUAGUUUUAUUAGCAAAAUAUUAAAAAUUCGUCCUAAUAAUGAAGUCGUCACAUUUUUCUCCAAAUUUUCACUGGAUAUUAUUGAACGUAAAAGAAAAGAAUUUGUUGAAAAAGAUUUUUCAAAAGCAUCAACUUUUAUUGAAUUUCUUAUCGAAGCUGAACACGAAUAUAAUAUGUUACAGCAAAAAAAUAACAAUGAAGAUGAUGAGAAAAAAACUGUAAAAUAUAUGACAAAUUCUGAAAUGAUUGCACAAUGUGUUUUAUUCUUUUUAGCCGGUUAUGAUACGACAGCAACAACAAUCACAAUGGCUUUAUAUAAUUUGGCACUAAAUCCGGAUAAACAACAAUUAGCAUAUCAAGAAGUUGAAAGAAUUUUACAACAACAACAACUUGAUGAUGACAAAGAUCCAUUAGAAUCAUUGGUUUUAGAUUCUUUUGGAACAAAAUUCGAAUACAUAAACGGAAUAGUUAAUGAAACAUUACGUAUGACACCACCGGCAACAUUUUUGGAACGACGUUGUGAAAAUGAUUUUGUUCUGAAAACUGAAGAUGAUCGUAUAAAAUUUUUAGUAAAAAAAGAUGAAAUCAUUCAAAUACCAGUCUGGGCUUUGCAUUAUAAUGAAGAAUAUUUUCCUGAACCAGAAAAUUUUCGACCCGAAAGAUUUUGUAAAGAAACAGCAGACAAUUUUCCUAAUUAUGCUUAUUUACCAUUUGGUUCUGGUCCUCGAGCUUGUGUUGCCAAAAGUUUAGCAUUAUUAGAAGCUAAAAUGGCUUUGGUAUGGUUGAUAAAAAAUUUUAAAUUUUCAAAAUGUACAAAAACAACAAUUCCCGUUGAAUUUUAUAAUCAAGGCGGUUUUCUUUCACCAAAAGACAUUUAUCUUUCUGUUGAACGAAGAUAGUAAAUAAAUCUUAUCUUAAUAAUUGAAUGAUUUUAACUUAUGAUCAACAAUAAAG